CGUCAUCCCCGCGCGCCGCCCGCCAUGUCCUUGUGGGUGUCCCGGCUCGGCCGGGCCGCGGCCGCCCGGGGCCCGCGGGGGAGCCCCGCACUCGGGGGGAGCCCCGCACUGCCGGCGGCAAGAAUUCACAGCAGCCCUGAGCAGAAUUUGCAGUAUGGGUGGCUGGCUUACAUGUUGGGAGAUAGAACUACCAAGAGGUUCACGGACUACAGCAAAGUCUUCACAGUGGAGGGAAACUUGUCCUCUGGGAAGGGCAAGCUGGCAGAGCAGCUAGCACAGAAACUGGGAAUGAAACACUUCCCGGAGGCCGACAUCCAUUACCAGAACAGGAUCUCUGGGGAUGGGACACUGCUCCCCGAGAAGUUCAAUGGCUUCUGCAACAUGGAGAGGUUCUACACGGACCCCAAGUGCCCUGAUGGACACUCCUACCGGAUGCAGGCCUGGAUCUAUGGGAAUCGUGUCCUGCAGUACGCUGAUGCCCUGGAGCACCUGCUCAGCACAGGUCAAGGUGUGGUGUUGGAGCGCUCUCCCUACAGCGACUUUGUUUUCCUGGAUGCCAUGUUCAAACAGGGAUAUAUCCACAAGAGAUGCCUUGAUCACUACAAGGAGAUCAAAGACAUCAGCAUUUGUGAAUUCCUGCCACCUCACCUGGUCAUCUACGUAGAUGCGCCUGUCCCAGAGGUGCAGAAGAGGAUUCAAGAGAAAGGCAAGCCAUAUGAGAAAAAGGUGUCUCCUUCCUAUCUCCAGCACAUUGAGGAUGCUUACAAGAAAACCUUCCUUCCAGAGAUCAGCGAGAGCAGUGAAGUUCUGCAGUACACGACAGCUGAGGCCGAGGAUGUGGAGAAGGUCAUUGAAGACAUUGAGUACCUGAAGUUUGACAAGGGGCCAUGGCUGGAGCAGGAUGACGUUUCUUUCCACCAUCUGAGACUUUAUGUCCAGGACAAAAAUUUGGUGCUGGAUUCUGUAACCAUCCCUCGCUUCAUUCCAGAGGUCACCAUUGGAGGCACCGAGUUCGACAGGAUCUAUUACGAGUAUCGAGCGCUCCCCGGGCGCAAGUACAGGCAGGGCUACAACGCCGACGUGGGGGACAAGUGGAUCUGGCUGAAGUGACACCCCUGGGGAGCCCCGGCCACGAGGGACCACGGGACUGGAGUGAAGAGGAGCCGAGCUCAGGGCACCUGCUCCACACCAGCACGAAGAAAACGCCGCUUAAAUCAAAUCCCCGUCCACCUCCAGCUGAAGGGAAUCAUCUCCGAGAAGGAAACCCACUUUAUCCUGGUUUGUUUUUUCUCCCUGAUGAACUCAGGACUUGGGAUGUCGGAUAGUCAGUGUGUGAUAGCAAAGUGAUCUGGGGCAGGCUUAAGAUCAGAGCUGAGCUUUCUCUUCCUCAGGACUGUGGCACGUUAUUAUACGGGAUUAUUGUUGUUCUGCUGAAUCAAGAGAAAUUAAACCUGUAUCCUCCUGGCUCUUGUAAAGUUAA